AUGCCCUCCCACAUACCCAUAUCGUAUGCACUGGUCGCCACAGCGCCCCAGGACCUUGGUGAAGCGCAGGUAAGCGGCGUCUGGGCCUCCCGGCCGGAGCACCGCGUCCGCCUCCCAGGCCUCACCCUCCCAUGCCGCCGGUCCCUCCUCGCUGUCAGACUGGGGGCCAGGCACCGAGUUGCCAUGCCCUUGCUGCCUCGCCUGCCCUGCCGCGCCGUCCUCCUCGCACACCAGGUAGAAACAAGGAAGCUGGGCACUGGGCUGAACGCCACAUCCUGUGCCCGAGGUGGCAGGCUCUGUGUCAGGGUCGCCCGGUCUCGGGAGCGGAGCAGCGACCCGGUCAGCACGAGCAGCAGAAGCACCCGCUGGCGCUUCCUCGCGGGAGUCGAGGGCAGCGCUACUCUUUUCGUGGGGCGGCCCGUGUGCCAUGUCAGAUGGGGCUCUCGCCUUCCUCUCGGCCUCCAGAGCAUCCAGGGACGCAUCCAGGUCGUCAAAGUUGAAGGGGUCGUCUUCCUCAUUGGCUUCUCCGUGUCCCGCUGUCGACGCUGCACCCCAAUCAAUGGCUGCUGGUACUGCGGCGGCGGGCAUGGGAGGGCCAGUCUGUCGCACCGAGAUUGUCCCAGAUCCACCAGCUUCAUGCUGCUCCGGGAUGCUCUGACACCGAAGUGCCCUCCAGGUUCCAUGUGGACCUCCAGAAUUCUUUUCAAGGCAACAGAAGAGCAGGAGUUGUCGCUCCGUCACAGCUCUGCCAGCUUGAGCCACGGUCAGAGGGGCGUACACCUGUGUGGGGAUAGUCUGAAGCGCUUACAUCUACAAACUAGCUAUGUACCCUUUAAAGGCUCAGAGCUGUUGCAAUAUCGUGCGUGUCUGUGUCCAGCGCCAAGCAGCACCUGGCAAAACAGUGUCUCAGGCGGACUGGGCGAAGAACUGGUGGUGGCGGUCACCUGGACCCCUGGCAAGGGCCUUUCCACGCCACCCAUGAACGUAGAGUAUGCAUCGGUGGAGUAG